AUGAAUAGCACAAUUCUUGGGCAUAGCUCAGCUUUUCGAAUAUCAUAUGUACUGCUUCGCAGUAUUCACAGGCCAUGCAAUCUACGGUUUUUUUCACGAUCCACCACCAGCUCGUUUACAGCAAAAAAUCCACUCAAUUCAUUUGGAAAGUCAAAAUCAUUUAAAUCGGAUGAUACAAGUGUCGAGACAGAUGAACUAUUGAGUGAAAACAAUCCAUGGUCUCCUACAUUUGAAGAUGAUCCCAUUUAUGUUCAAGAGCGAGGCAAGAUAAGAAGGACGAAAUUACCUGAAAAGUAUCGACUUUCUUACAAGCCAAUAUAUGAAGCGCCAUCGUCGAAAUAUGUCUCGUUGCUAAAGAGAUUGACAUUGACCUUUGGUGUUGUUGGAGCUUAUGGCUCGAAACUUAUAUACGAGUCCGUGCAAUUUGAUGAUUCGUAUGCCUAUACCCUAAUUGCAGGCACUUUAAUUCCGAUUGUUAUUGUACAAUGGAAGACUAGAGACUAUGUCACUAGAAUGUUCCGUUUAUAUGACAAAACCAAGCCACAAACAUUGGACAAUUUGGUCAGUGACGAAAAGAUAAUUGCAGAGAAAUUGAACUUUACAGGGGGCAAGACAUACAACGAAUUAGUGGAGAUAACCAAUAACCCAUCUUUGAAGCUUUCACCAAAACCAAGAUGGUGGAAACCGUAUUCGAGCUGGGAGGAGAAAAGCAGCGACAGCGGCAAAGCGGGUGGAUUGAAGAGAGAGUUUUAUGUCAUGGACAAUAUCGGUGGCAUAAAAAUGGAUCGAUUAUGGGGUAUAGUGGAAAGAAAUAGCGGCGUUGACAAUGGAAGGACUUUUCCUAAAUAA